AUGCCAACGAGGGGCCUUUAUCCCUUCUUGGCCUCUUUCCAGAGACAAUUUUUCACCUUUCUUUACAUUUUAUUAUUCAGAUCGACGUACGGUACUGUCUACCAAACUCCUGCUUCUCUUCUGCACAAACUCUCUCCUCUCAUUUGCGAUGGAACUCGCAGCGAAAAGGCGCUCAUUUUCUCCGACGAUGUUACCGCCGAUACUCCAAUUUCCAUCCCUGUCGACAAGUCUAUCAGACAGCUCCAUGUCGAAGUCUCUGGCACUCACAUCGAAACCGUCAUCGUCGAUGCUCCUGAUGGCGCUUCCUUUGAGCCAGUUCUUUCUAGAAAAAUUGACUUUUCGAACUUGAAAUAUUUCCGAUUUGAAAACGUCACCGAUGGAAACUGGUCGCUUCGAGUUCUCGGCGAAGCUGAUCACUUUAAACUCACUGUCUCUGCUUUUGCGAAGGUCAACUUUGAGUACUCCGUAACUUCUCAAAAAGACAUCAUGUCGCAUACGAUUCACAAAGACGGCGGACACGAAUUUACUAUCGGUUCGCGACGAGUUAGCAACAGCGACGGCGCCAACUUCAUUUCAAACAACGCCGCUGGAAAUGGAGAGCCAGUUGGAGAAAUGAAACUUGCUGUUUCUCUUCCUCAAGCGCAUUUCCAUCGGAUUCGAAGAACAACAAAGCCAAUUUUUACCUCCGUUUCCCGAACUAACGAAGUGAUUGCCGGCCGAACAAAUGUCUUUUUCUUCAGAAUUGAAAACGAAGGCGAAGCUCUUCAGUUCUCCGCUUCUUCUACCAACCCGCAGUGGCAGAUCUCAAUCUCUCCCGAAAUUGCUGAUAAUCUUUCUUCCGUAACUGAUCUGGAAGUUUCAAUUACAGUUCCUCGCCAUACCAAGCCUGGAGCUAGUGGUCAGAUGACCCUUGCCGCGUCCAAUGGAGAGAUGAUCGUCGGUUCAACUUCUUUCUUUUCCGAAGUCACCGACCAGCUCCCGCCCCGUAUCGCUUCCAAAACCGUCACAACAAAGAUUGAGAACCGCUUUGCGAAGACUGUCUUCAAAGCAGUCGCGGUCAAUUCCCAGCCUUCCAUGGCUGAUGCUCCUUUCCGUACCAUCAUCCCCGCCAAGUCCUUCCUUACUUCCUUCUCCAUCAUCACCGCUGAGGGGCGCGUUUAUAGAUCGAAAAUCGUCGAAGCAUUCGAACAACCACAGGUUCAACUGAAAAGCGCUCUUGGAGUUGAAUCAGCUGUUCCACUCCACCACAAUCAGAAAAUGCAAGAAGCUCUUGUCGUUGAAUCAACUCAAAAUGGCGAGUCGCGAGUCGUUCAAAUCAAACAGGCUGGACAACAUUUGAUGGUUCGGGCAUCUGUCGAGCCUUUCUCCAACUUGACUUACGUGAUGGAAUAUGUUGAAGUCCUUGAGCGCACAAGAGGAAGCUACAGAUUCGGAGUUCAUUUCGACCCUGAAUUUCCUUCUGAAAACCUCCAGGUGCGAAUCAUGGUGGAGGACGAGAACAGAAUCAAGUUCCUCCAGCCAAUGCCUCGUCAAUCAAGCUCCGUUCGAUCAGAAACCAACAAGCAGUUCUUUGAUGACUACCACCGAGCCAUUGUCGACUUUUCCCCCUCUAUCGAUUACAAAAGCUCUCGAUACUGGUUCGGAAUCGAAUUCGACGUCGAGCAAACUGGAUGCAGCUUGUUCACGGACUCUCAGUACUUUGUCCAGCGAUGCCGCCCAGUUGAUCUUUUCCCAGCUCGAUUGAGAAGUUCAUUUGGAAUCAACGCUAUCUUUUUGAUUGAUUCUUCCGGGUCGAUGAUGGGCGAAAGAAUUGAGCAAACACGAGAAGCUUUUAAAUUCAUGAUCGAAGCACUCAAGCCUGGAGACACUUUCAAUAUCGUCAGCUUUGAGUCGGUCAACAAGGUCUUUUCGGAUAACCGAAUGGUGCCAGUAAAUGACAGAAGCACAUUCGCAGCGCUGAAAUUUAUGGAUCAAAUGAAAGCAGGAGGUGGAACUGAUGUCUACGCUGCUCUUGUCAAGGCUACUCUUCUUCUUUCACAGAACAAGCGAGAUUCAAACCAAGAAAAUAUCAUUUACCUCCUGACCGAUGGUGCUCCAACUUCAGGAGUCACAGAUUUGACCUCGAUUCUUGACAUGGUUGAUUUCAUCGCCCAUAAGAGCGAAAUCGUUUUGAACACAAUCGCAUUUGGAGAAGAAGCGAACGACACGAAAAUGAAAGACUUCCUGACCUCUCUUAGCGCUCGUUCGCAGGGAAUGGUCCUCCGAGUUCCCUCUCGCGCAGAUGCUCAGUACAUGAUGCAGGACUUCUUCCUUGAAUCUUUGGUCCAAGCUCAGAAACGACACGGCAUCAAAUCUACUGACGUACGAGUCAUCAACGAAUACGGAAGAUCAGGAGCGACAGAGCUUUCAAUCGACGAUUCAAAUAUUUCUCCAUCGAGAGAGAUCAUUAUUGGUGGAGUUAUCGCAUCAAGCUCCUUCGAAUCCGAGCUCCAAACUCAAAUGACCACAGAAGAAGGCCUCCUCGACUUCGAUACCACCACUUUCACCCAAGUCAACGGCAAAGAGUACUUCAAUGCUGUUAAGAUGCACAAUCUUCUGAUCGCCCGUGAAAAUGCAUUUGACGAUUACGAGCACACACAACUGACCGAAAUCGCCGGCAAAUUUUCUGUUGCCUCAAAUCUUUUGACUCCCGUCACAUCGCUCCAGAUCAGCAAACCCGGCCGAGAUCGACGAUCGUCAGACUCUGGAAUCAAAGAGCUAAAAUUCAAGUUCCGACAGCUUCGUCGACCAACCAAGAAUCACGUGAUUGUUCCAACUGCUUCGCUCCAAGAAGAGAAAUCGCUUGUUACGUUGUCCGAUAACAUGGUGGUGGUCAAGGGACAAAAGACUGAUUUCUGCUUCGGACUUGAAAACGAGAAAGAGUUGGCGCUUCUCCGAGAGAAAGGACUGGCCCUCAAAGUUUCUGUCGAAGAAAAACUUCAGUCAGCAAAGAUUAUGAUCGGAAAUCAGACAAUCUUUGAAGUUGAUCGAAAUGGCCCCGUUGGUUUCAAUUUCGCUCCUGGAGAUGAGUUCCAAAUCGGAAACGGCCGGGGUUACGUUAUGAAAGACCGAGUGGUUGUGCUUCUUGAUGAUGGGGUCAAAUUUGAGCUGGUUUGGGGUCAAGAAUUGACGAUCAACCUGAUCAACUCGAGCAAUAACAUGACUGGCAUCAUGAAAAGCUUGUUGAAAGUCGGUGAAUCUGGAGAAGUUAUUGGACAGAUUUCUACAAACGAGCUUCCUAUCAAACUCAAUGGAUUUUACACUGUUGGAAGCAACAUCGAAGUAUCUGGCAAAAAUUGCCUGUACAUUUCCGAGCUUGGAGAAUUCCUCAUCGAUGCCGAGCAGUCAGAAGAAUUCUAA